AUGCUCGCCAACCACCACUCCGCCCUCGUACACCCCGCCCUCGUCCUCGUCCCGUACAGGCCCUACCACGUGCCCACUUACCAUGCAUGGAUGCAGAGCCCCGUCCUCCGUCACUUGACCGCUAGCGAGCCGCUGUCCUUGCACGAUGAGUACGCCAUGCAACAGAGCUGGCAGAACGAUCAAGAUAAGCUCACGUUCAUCGUCCUCGCACGCCCCCCGCACGCGGCCCCCGACGACGCGCUCACCGACGAUGACAUCCGCGCCCUGCCCAUGAUCGGCGACGUCAACCUCUUCCUCAAGGGCUCCCCGCAAGACGACGACUUCGAAGCCGAGGUCGAGGUCAUGAUCGCAGAGCCCGCCUACCGCCGCCAGCGCCUCGCGCACACCGCCCUCUCCCUCCUCCUCGCCUACGCCACGUCCCCCGCGGCCCCCGCCCCGCUCCCCGUCCCGCCAGCCCGCCUCGUCGCGCGCAUCGGCCAGGACAACGCGCCCAGCAUCCGCCUCUUCGAGUCCCUCGGCUUCGAGGUCGUCCGCCGCGUCGACGUCUUCAACGAGCUCGAGAUGCGCCCCGCAGCAAACGGCGCGCGCGCGCACGAGUGGACGGCGGGCGCGGUCGUGCCGUUCGAGGCGCCCGAUGCGUGA